AUGACGAAGAAUGAGUACGAUGUGCUGGAACUAUAUGCAGGUCAACAACGUCUUGUGAAACUUGCCAAGGGGCUCAAAAUGAAAACAGCAGCUAUGGACAGGGACUUCGAUACCUUGGGUGACAAUAAAUCCAAGAACAAUGCCAUGGACAUGAACACUUCUGGUGGCUUUGUGUUGUCCUGCGUCAUGGUGCUUCGAGCAAAGUGGGGAGCCUUUUUGGGCCUUCUUGGUGUUGUUUGCAGCACCUUUGUGAGACAAGUCUGGAAAGACCCGUUACAAGGGGGCUGGAUCUGCACUCAAAGGGACACAGUGGACGAAGAGCCCUCCGUGUUGGAGCUCUUACUGUCGAUGCCAACGGGUGACUGUUGGGAUGACGCGGAGCUGUGGACAGUGUAUGAGUAUUGUAGGGGGUCUCGGCACCUACAGCUGCCACCUGCCUACCGGGCUGUGCUUUUUCAACUUGAAGGGUCCAAUCGAGCCAUGUCGGAGAUGCCGGAUCCUGAUCCAGAAGCCAUGCAGGCAGAACUGGAACGACUGGAGGCACUUGAAAGGCAAAUGAGGGAAGCACAAGAAGCUCAAGCAGGACAAGAUGAAGUACCACCUUCGCCGCCACCUCCUCGUGCAGCUGCAGAGCUAGGGUCUGGGGGUGCUGGGCCUACUGAGUUUGCAAACCCUGAGGAUGAAACCCAGCCAGGUCAGUUGCAUGGGGUAGAAAGUUUGGAUGAGAGCAGGAAAUCUCACAUGAUGGGUGAGCAAUCAGUGGAUGAGCACGCAGCUCCGUCCCCUAUGCAACCUGCUACACCCCCUGGUCAUCUUGAGAAAAUUCUUAGAACACCCCCAUCGCAAGUAGAUGGUGUUGGGUGCUUGAAUGCAAGAGAUGAUGGUAACCCAAACUUCAAACGGCCCGCCGGUGAUGUUGAUGACCCAGAACUUUACGUUGCCAUGUCAGUACCACCGGAGGUUUUGAGUGACAAGGCAAUUUACAUGCGCAUCAACCGAGUUUUCAAGAGAAGGCAAGAUGGAACUUACAUCCUAGAUGACAAGUGGAACAAAGCUUGGAAUGAUGUUGAUGGGGGCGGCCGUGAUGAGAUCUACAGCAUGUUCGAGAAAGUUGGAUACCAAAGGGACAGAUUCAUCAAACGCUGCAAGGCCAUCACAGAGCGUAUUUCAGAGGAAUCUAGUGAGAUUGAGGGAGAGUGGCUUACGGUGGGUGAUAUGCAGAAGAUGGAAUUCUCAGAGACCAAGAUCAAAGGCGUCAUGCGAUACUGUGAGACCAGGUUAAGCAAGUACGGCGAGGGUAUGAUGUACUGGACUGAAAUUCGCUCCCGAGGGAAAACCAAGCGGCACGUCUCCAAGGAGAUUUCCGAGUGGGAGGAGGAAGUGGGAAAGGACUGUGGCCAUGAUGUUCCAACCGAUGCUCCCGAGCUGGAGUGGGGAUUCAUGGAAGGCAACAAACAAGAGCAAACCCCGGCAGCACCAGGUCUGCUGCUGGACAAGGCCACUGAGGAAGCCGAUACGGCACCUGUCCAGGUGGAAUCUGAGGAUGUGAAACGGGAGAUGGAUAAGCUCCAGUUUCCACAGGUUGAGGGUGACACUGCCCCUUCAGCACUGGUCCCCAAAGCAUGUGGAAGCAUUCAGAAACAAGUUGGUAAGUUAGAAGCCAUGAUGGAGACUUGUAAGUCUGUUGGCCGUCUUACACCCUUGCAAGAGCGGAUACUUGACACCAAGCUAUUUUUUGGGUGGGACAUGGAGGACCCAAUGAUCAAAUUAGAAAAUAAUCAUUGA